AUGAAAGAUCUCACACCAUCGCGAACGGGUCAUGCGCAGCGCGCGGCCUUGAACUCACACGCGGUUGCUAUAGGAUCAAAGAAGCAGAGAUGUAAUGGCGAGCGCCCUCGAUGCGCCCGGUGUGAGCGAUCUGGAGCUGAUUGCUACUACGCAAAGGCAUCCCCCAUCGGCCGACCGAAACGGCGAAAGAUCGACCUUGGCUACCACCGAAAUCUUUUGUCGGGGUCAUGCACAUCACGUAUCCCGACCCGCUUCACCCUGUUACCGCCUUGCAACGUUGAACCACUUUUCGAGACGAACAAAUGCGAUAGUUACGCUGCUGGUCAGGCUGCACGGAGCUCUCCAGACUCAGACAUCGACGACUUUCGUGCUUACGAUGAUGCCCUCGACACGAUCAUGAUAUCAACAAUGCAGGAUGCGGCCUCGCUCGGAUCUAAUUCGUAUGUUCAAGGCGCCCGAACUGACAACUGGGUGGCUAAAAUGAGUGUUUCUUCCGGAAGCUCGCCACCAGCCGAUACGAUUGCCCCAAAUCAGCCCUUCCCCACUUCCCAAAGGACAUGCGCCUGCCUCGCUACGCUAUACUUGAUCCUCGACGAAAUUCAGGGUCUGAACGAAGUCAGAUUCCCCGCAAGUCUUGCCUUGCUUCGCCGUUGUGGAGGGAAUGUGAUUCAUGCACUCAACUGUGACAUCUGCCCAGUCCGAUACCUCACCAGCGUCCAAAAUACCCAACUUCUCUGCACUGUACUGGUCUCUAUGGCGCAGAGCUAUCGUAGUAUUGUCGACGCUAUCGAUGCCGAAGCCCAAGAAGCCCAGAUUCGGGGCGAAACAAAAUCCUGGACGCUCAGUCAGCUGAGCUCCGGGAAUAUACGUCCGGCACAACACGCCUUGUCAUCAUUAUUUCCGCUCGAUGUGACUCCGGCUGAGUGGAAGUCGUUGGCAAGAAAGAUUGUCAAAGCCGAGAUCGUAGGGACUGCUGAUGGCUUGCGCAAUCCCUUCCUGAGAAUUGUGGAUGCGCUGGAGGUGCGACAGGUGCGAUGGCACGCGUCGCCUCCUAGCCCUGACUUUCCUAAAAGCUUCAUCCAUGGGCCAGAAAAGACGCCGUUUUGCGUGUUGCACUGCCGCCAGGCUCGUAGGCAUGUCCAAAUGCUGCAACUAUGA